AUGGCGUUUUGGAUAGGACGCCUGUGCGAUAACCUCGUGUCACCGGGUUUGAAAAGCAUGCAGUGUAAAUUUAAGCCUGAGCAAAAAACGGAUCACGAGGUUACAUUGUAUGCUCCAGCAAAUGCAAUCAUUUAUACUGAUGUCCCGCUUGACACUGCCGUGAAGCUUAUUGACUUCUAUGAAAAUAUUGCAUUCGUACAUCUUUUGUCUGUUGGUUCGAUGGCGAACUGGGGUUUGAUGAUUUUUGAUUACAAGUAUCUGCAUUAUGAACCACUUGUGAACGAGGAAUAUGAAAAACAGAUUCUGACGCGUGAAGAUUAUGACGAAGACGACGAUGAAGGUCUUGAAGAUAGUCGAGAAGUUGCCAGUGACAAAGACAUUGUAACUUUUGAUAGGCACCUUUUCAACUCGCACUUGCAAGGAAAGUGGUUUGGCAGUUUGGUGACCAUGAAAUGGUGGGAUGACUUUUGGUUGUAUAAAGCUUUUGAAAUGUUUCAACAAUAUUUUGGGGCAGACUUUUGGUUGUAUAAAGCUUUUGAAAUGUUUCAACAAUAUUUUGGGGCAGAUCACCUCCUUCCAGGCCAUCAUAUGAGGGAGAUGUUUUUUUUUAGAAUAACGCUUGCAUCACUCCUUAAAGAUAAUACGGACUAUUCAAGCGCGAUUUCAGUUUCCGUUGAAAACCACAAACUACUUUCGAAACUAUUUGAUAACGUCAAGUUUUCCAAGGGUGCCUCAAUCAUUCAAAUGCUAGAAAGUGUUAUCGGACCUGAAAUAUUCCAAAAAGCUGUAAAAAAUUUUUUAACCGAACACGAGUUCAAGAGUGCCAAAAGUAGCGAUUUGUGGGAAUCGUUCACUAAGGAGUCCAGUGGCUCUCUCAACAUCGACGUGAAAGAAAUGAUGGAUACGUGGACUCAGCAGAUGGGGUUCCCUCUAGUCAGCAUAAGCAGGAACGGCCGGCAGGUGACAUGUCGCCAGGAGAGGUAUGUCGUCGUUAACCACUCAAAGACUGGUGAUGUUAACAUAGAAGUUUCCAAAUUCAACUACACCUGGUACAUCCCACUCACCUACAUAACCGACAAAAACUUGACACGUCACUCAGUCGUCAUUUUCAAGAACAAAACAAUGAUCUUUCAAUUGCCACGAAACGUUAAUUGGCUGAAAGUGAAUACCAAAAUGCCAGGUUUUUACCGAGUCAACUAUGAUAUGAACGGCUGGUCUGGAAUUAUCAACCAGCUCAAGUCCAACCAUAAGGUCUUCUCGUCCAUAGAAAGAAGCAGUUUGAUCUCGGAUGCUUUCACCCUUGCCAGGUUUUGCGUUGAUACUUUUUAA